AUGCGCUGGAUAACCUUCUGUAUAGCUGGAGCACUGGCUAACGAACUCAUAACGUUAAGUCCCACAACCGAGUUGACCAACAGUGUCGAAACGUCCUCUGGAGAACCCAAAGACCAACUUUACAUAGGAGACGACAUUAUUUGCAAUCAAGACGAGUGUUAUCCCAAGAUAUUUGAAGCACAGGAGUACUGGCAAGAGAUCAGACCAGAGCAACAAAUCACAGCAGGUCUGGACGUCCGAAUGAACCUGGAAACGGGCUUGCGAGAGGCAAAGCUCAGCUCGAAGCCUGCGAGAGAAAACCAGCCUAAAGAGCCAGCCAAGAAGGUCCCAGACGAGAAUGAACCUUCCAGUUACGAGUUCAGCCAGGAUUUUGCCAAGAUCAGAGAGUUGCUGGCUGUCCAGGAUUAUACAGCGAUCGACACACUGCUAGACGACCUACUAGAGUUCUCACACGACUUCAAGCACGGCUACAAGAUUCUGACACACGAAUUUGGGCUUCUCAAAUCCCUCAUUAUGGCUGAAAGUUCGCCCAUGUCGACCAAACUUCUCACAUCAGCCAUGUUCACCGCGUGUUUGCGCAACAAUCCGCCCUCUGUUUCGUACGUUCAAGCUGUUGACCCAGCCUUCACGCAGGAAAUAUUUACAGAGAUCACUGGGUUGAUAACGGGACCUCCCAAGGGACAACGCGUUGUCUUGGUCAAGCGGUAUCUAUCCAUUGUGCAAGCAAUGGCAAACGAACCUUCCGAUCUCGACGAAUCUAUUCUUCUCAGGCUUUGCCAUUGGGGGGAUGCCCAGAUCAAAAGAAGAGCGCUAGAGACCGCAGCACUCCUGUUCCACAGCAACAACGCGCAGUCACUCCAAAAAAUGUCUCAAUCGGCUCACGAAAUCCAGAAAUGGGUCGAUGAAUUUUCCCUGGGUCUACAAGACGAAGAUGUGGACGAGCUACACAUUCGCAACUUCUUCAACAGUCUGCAUCGCAUUAAGGAAGAUUAUACCAAGGACGUCAAACUGGAUUCCACUUUCCUCAACUGGCUGGGCAAAGAAGCCACUCACAGACAGCAACGUCUCAAAAACGGGCUACAGGAACGCGACCUCGAGCAGGACGAGUUUGACCAGAAAUUAAUAGACAGCAGACACUUGGUCUUUGGCAACCCGAUGGCGCACCGGAUCAAGCGGUUUGACGAUGAGUUGUAA